AUGGGCCUCUCCAAUCCGUUGCGGCGGUCCCGCGAAACGCGGCUGCCCAUGUACCGGAACCCCAAUUCGCCUGCGAAAGAGCGCUCCUCCAACGAUGGCUACUAUUCCUCUUCAGACGGUGAUUCAGAAUCAUCGUUUUCAGGGCCAUCGUCAGAUGGGUCAAGAAACGUAUCCGAGUCAUAUCCUGUGCGACCGCUGCUAGUUCAGAAGAGGAACCAGAGACCUACCUCUCAGCGACCGGGUGGUUUCUACCCUUACAGACUGCCGCCGCGAGUUAUCCGCUAUGUCUUUCUUGCGAUAACUGGGUUGAUAAUCCUCAUGAUUAUUAGCCUGGUACGGGCGAGCCAGCUGGAGAACUGGAAAGUUGCCAACGGCCAAGUCAACAGUCGACCGGCGCCUCCCCCUCUGUGGGAGAAAUUUCCGUUUCUGGAGAGGUAUUAUGGCGGCAUACGCACCUUGGUCCCUUUUGAGGAGAACAAGCCCGAGUAUCCCAAGUCCAACGAACACGCACCCUCGAGUCCGGCAUCGCCAGCCCAAACGGCUUCAACUGGCAAGGUGGAGGGUCGCGAGGCUGGAUUCCCUACCAGUCAUUCGUGGGAAGACUACGCUGGGCGGAGUAAAGAUACUGGUAUUAAGGAGUGCUUCCUGGAUGCUGCUGGCAAGAUUCGCCCACCUCCGCUUCGUUAUUACAACGGCCGGCCCAGCGGCUUCCCGCUGCAUGUCACCGGCGCUUACGACGUCCUUAAACUACCCGAAGAAGUUUGCUUUGAACGCUAUGGAAAGUUUGGCCCUUAUGGGUUUGGAUAUUCUACGCGCACUGGUGGUUUAGGCACUGGAGAGAACAGCGAAAAUGAAGGCGCGGAUUCGGUUUGGGGAUCUGGUUCGCGCAUAGACUAUCGCGAGAUUAACUGGGCGGAAGUUCAACAGCGCUGCUUCCAGGCUAAUGCUGGGAUAUACAAGGAGCUGCCGGCAAAGACACCCUCCCCUCAAGGCUUCUAUAUCAGCAACUCCAAAGGGGCAAAGGUCCAAUCUCGUGACUCUGGGCCGAAAGACGACGGCAAGACCAAGACUGAGGGCACCGAGGUAGCCAAGCAAUCACGAACCGCCAUUGUUGUCAGAUGCUGGGAUGAGUAUCUUUUCCGAGAAGAUGAUUAUGCCAACCUUCGAUCGAUGAUUUCCGAGCUUUCAUUAGCUUCCGGAGGUCGAUACGACGUUCAUCUACUAGUCCAGGUGAAGAACGAUGCCAAGCAUCCUGUUUGGGCCGACCACGAGAUCUACGAGAAGAGGAUUCGAGACACUAUUCCCAAGGAAUUCCAGGGGCUGGUCACUCUUUGGACUGAAACGCAGAUGCUCUCCCUGUAUCAAGGCAUCUAUGAUCUGUUCAGCCGAGGACCAGAACUCCCGGUUCAUGGAGUGUAUCGUGGGCUCACCAUGGCCAUGCAGCACUUUGCAUACCUGCACCCGGAGUACGAUUAUUUCUGGCAGUGGGAGAUGGAUAUCCGCUAUACGGGACACUAUUAUGACCUGAUAUCUAAGCUCGAAAACUGGUCCAAGGCUCAGCCGCGAAAGGGACUCUGGGAACGGAACUCGCGAUAUUAUUUCCCAAGCGUUCACGGUACCUGGGAGGACUUUUCACAGAUGUCCCGAGUGCAGAGCGAAAUGGGAACUCCUGGAGCGGAUAAUGUAUGGAAGAACGUGCCUGGUGUUGGCGGUCAGCCCCCAGAGACGGUUACGAAGAAGAAGAUCAAGACUGUUUGGGGCCCUAUCCGUCCUUCAGAUGAAAACGACUGGUUUGAGCAUGAAAAGGAUCCCUACCCACCGUCGGCGUAUGAUACCGACCACUACCAAUGGGGAGUCGGCGAGGAAGCGGACUUGAUUACUCUGAAUCCCAUCUUCGACCCUGAGGGCACUACAUGGGGCCUAAAGGAUGAUAUUACGGGUUACAACCGCUCAGCCCCUUCCCCUCCUCGGCGUGCCAGCAUCAUCACCACGUCUCGAAUGUCAAGGCGCCUUCUCAUGACGAUGCACAGGAUGACGGCACACAAGAAGCAAUUCGCUUUCCCCGAGAUGUGGCCCGCGACGGUUGCUCUUCAGCACGGCUACAAGGCUGUUUACGCACCACACCCCGUGUAUGUGGACCGCAGCUGGCCUCUCGAUUACAUGGUCUCGACAUUCAAUGGUGGCCGCGAUGGAGCUACUGGCGGAUCAAGGACUAGCCUCUUCGGCGACCGAGAGCACAACCUCAGGGGAUUGACUUGGUUCUAUAACUCUGGCUUCGGGCCCAACUUGUACAAACGCUGGCUGGGCUUGAAAGUAAACAACGACGGCGGAGAAGAGUUUGAGAAGACAGAGGAUAAGAGCCGAGCUGGUGCUGGAGUCAGCGCCAUGACCGGAGGCGAGGGUCGCAUGUGCCUCCCUCCUAUGCUUCUCCAUCCCGUUAAGGAGGUGGACAUUCCCAUUGAGGCUCCUCCAGAAGAGGAUGAGGCGACGAAUGAAGUGCCUGAAUCAGACCCAGAGGCCUGA